CGCAAUCCGCAGGCUCUUCCUUGAGUUAACAUGGCUGCUGCCGGCGAUCCUCAGGGACCCUGGUGACGAGAGGAGGCGAGGCUUUUCCGAAACUUUGCCCGCAAUCCCCUCAGCGAUGGCGCUUCGGUCGCGGUUCUGGGAGUUGUUGCCGGUUUGCAGGAACCCCGGGUGUGGGGUCGCGGCGAUCUCCACCAGAUCCACGCCGGCCCUGAAGCCUGAGGGGGACCCUCUGGACAAUGAAGCGGUUGCCCCGCAGUUCACCAACCGGAACCCCCGGAAUCUGGAGCUCUUGGCUGUAGCCAGGAAAGAGCGGGGCUGGGGGACAGUGUGGCCCUCCCGCGAGUUCUGGCACAGGUUGCGAGUCAUAAGGACUCAGCAUCACAUAGAGGCCCUUGUCGAGCAUCGCAGUGGCCAGGUCGUGGUUUCAGCAUCCACGCGUGAAUGGGCUAUUAAAAAGCACCUUUAUCGUACCAAAAAUGUGGUGGCCUGUGAGAGUAUAGGAAGAGUGCUGGCGGAGCGAUGCUUAGAGGCAGGAAUCAACUUCAUGGUCUACCAACCAACUCCUUGGGAGGCAGCCUCAGACUCGAUGAAGCGACUGCAGAGUGCUGUGACAGAAGGUGGGGUGGUGCUGCAGGAGCCUCGGAGAAUCUAUGAGUGAAAUGCAAGCGUUGUUUGGAACGUGUAGAUAUAAAGCUGUCGGCUCUUACAUCCGUCAGAAGAGAGCGUCUGGAAGAACAGCCAGCUUGGGAGUUUUAGACAAUAAUGUGACAGCAGAAUGUUAGUAGUAGUUAAGGUCAUCCCGUCCUCCCCUUGUGUUUGUUUUUUUAAAUCAAGGGCUAAAUUCUUCCCCUCUCUUGGACAUGAGGGAUGUAUCUGAGAAAAGCUGUCACCAAUUAUAAUUAACUUUUGAAGGACAAAUUAAAUGCUGUUUAUAAGUUAAAGAAUAAAGGCAUAUUAUGAACUC